AUGCCAGCCGAAGAUUCCCAGGAUCUCUACAGGAGUUCUGUUGACUUCCAAUCUCCUGACCUAAAUUCUCAGAAUCUGAGGUUCCCUCUUGAAUCGCAGGCUUCACCCAUACUUGAUGAGCAAGGGUUUUUGCGAGUCAAAACACUAACAAAAACAGUGAAUCAACCAAAAAUUUCAGCCCUCGGUGAACUUUGUGACAAUGAUGACAACGCAGAUGAUCUCCUUGGAUUGUGUUCUGGAAAAUUCUCUGGUUCUCAAGAUGACAGGAUGAAAUCUUGUCGAACUCUCUUCACUGAGUCUCAGUCUAACUCUCAAUUCCCUGCAAGUGGCUCUUUCCCUUUUAGUAGUAAAGUAAAAUAUGAUGAAAGGAAAGCAACUGAAGAUGAAGAAGAGACUGAAGACUUUCCUAGUUUGAAAUUGAUAUCAGAUGAUGAAGAAGAGGAUGACAAAAAAGAGGAGGAUGACGAAAACAGUGAAAAUGAUGAAGAUGAUGGCACUGAGGAGGAAGAAAGGAGUGAAGAAGAUGAUGAUGACGAUGAUGACAACAACAACAAAGUAUUUCCUAAGUUCAGACUGAAGUCUUCAGGGAAAAUUCGAAAAGAAUUUGUAGAUGAUGAAGCCGAACUUUCAGGAAGUGAAUUCGAUAGUGAUGAAAAUGAUAAUCUGAAUGAUGAGUUUGAUGUAAUGGAUGAAGAAGAAGGGGAUCAGGAUGUGAACUUAACUGAAGAUCAACUUCGGAAUCAAGUGGGACGAGUGCAUUUGAAAAACAUGAUUGAUGAGGACAAGCGAGAAGUGAUGCGUUUACAGGAAAUGUAUCUUCCUGAUGGGGACCUUUUUUCUGAAGGUCAUGGCAGGACAAGGCGAUUCCGAUGGAAGAAUUUAGGGUGCUUUUUCCAGGGUAGUGGAGUUGGAGUUGGAAGCAAUUGUAUCUGUGUGUUUGCUUCUCUCUCUCCCUCUCUCUGCCUGUCUCCCCUCUCUCUGCCUGUCUCCCCCUCUGCCCCCUGUCUCCCCCUCUGCCUCUCCCCCCUCUCUCUCUCUCUGUCUCCCCCCUCUCUCUCUCCCUGCCCUCUCUCCCUGUCUCCCCUCUCUCUCUCUCUCUGCCCCUGCCUCUCUCUCUGUCUCCCCUCUCUCUCUCCCUGUCUCCCCUCUCUCCCCUCCUGUCUCCCCCUCUCUCUCUCUGCCUGUCUCCUCUCUGCCUGUCUCCCCCUCUCUGCCUGUCUCCCCCUCCUCUCCUGUCUCUCUCCCCUCUCUCUCUCUGCCUGUCUCCCCCUCUCUCUCUGCCUGUCCCCCCUCUCUCUCUGCCGUCUCCCUCCCCCUCUCUCUGCCUGUCUCCCCCCUGCUCUCUCGCCCCCCUCUCUCUCUCUCUGCCUGUCUCCCCCUCUCUCUCUCUGCCUGUCUCCCCCUCUGCCUGUCUCCCCCUCUCUCUGCCUGUCUCCCCUCUCUCUCUGCCUGUCUCCUGUCUCCCCUCUCUCUCUGCCUGUCUCCCCCCUCUCUCUCUGCCUGCCUCCCCUGCCUGUCUCCCCCCUCUCCUCUGCCUAUGAUAAUUCACAGCAAGACAUGUUUAACACUGAGUCAGAAACUGAAGAGAAAGAGGAAGAAGAACCUGAUGAAUUGAAAUGGCGAAUCGAGAGAUUUGAACGCGAAAAAUGGAUAAAUGAACAAGAAGUGCAAGAAAAGAAACAUGAAGAAGAGAGCACAUCUGGCCAGAAUGGUUCCAAGAAAUUACAUUUAAAUGAUACAGGAUCACCAAAACAAAGUAAAUUAAACAUGUUCAAGAACUUCAAAAAAGGUUCCUUUCUGAGUCGCAGCAGUGACAGUUUGGCUAAAAUUGCAGAAAUGACGAAACCUCUUAGCAAUGUGCCUGUUACAAAUGUAACCAACGGACGAAAUUUUGUUUUUUCUGUGGUCACCCCAACAGAGACGGAGACGGAGACCCCGGAUAUUUUUUCUUUUUUUCUUCUUGUUUCCUCUUUUCUUUUUUCUCCCCUUUUUUCCUUUCCUUUUUUCCUUUUCCCUUUCCUCUUUUUUCUUUCCUCUUUUUUCCUUUCCUCUUUUUUCCUUUCCUUUUCCUUUCCUUUUUUCCUUUCCUUUUUUCCCUUUCCUCUUUUUCCUUUCCUUUUUUCCUUUUUCCUCUUUUUCCUUUCCCCCUUUCUUUUUUUUCCCCUCUCUCUUUUUUCCCCCUCUCUCUUUUUUUUUCCCCCUCUUUUUUUCCCCUUUUUCCCCCCUCUUCUCUCUCUUUUUCCUUUUCUCUCUCUCCUCUUUCUCUUCUCUUUUCCUUUCUUUUUCCCUUUAUUAUCUCCUUCAUCACUAUCAACAUGGCUGUCAUGUUUCAACUUGUUUCCACGAGCUGCAAUACGAAAUCUCUGCUCCGAACGUCUAUCUCUUUCUCACUUACUCUCUCUCUCUCUCUUCUCAUCUAUCUAUCUAUCUCGUUCUAUAUCUAUCUAUCUAUCUAUCUAUCGGUCUAUUCCUAUCUAUCUAUCUAUCUAUCUAUCUAUCUAUCUAUCUAUCUAUCUAUCCCCAUCUAUCUAUCUAUCUAUCCAUCUAUCCAUCCAUCUAUUUCCAUCUAUCUCCAUUCUAUCUAUCUAUCUAUCUAUCCAUCCAUCCAUCUAUCUAUCCAUCUAUCUCCUAUCCAUCCAUCUAUCUAUCUAUCUAUCUAUCUAUCUAUCUAUCUAUCUAUCAUCACGGUCUAUUCCCAUCUAUCUAUCUAUCUAUCUAUCUAUCUAUCAUCUAUCUAUCUAUCUAUCUAUCUAUCUAUCUAUCUAUCUAUCUAUCUAUCUAUCUAUCUAUCUAUCUAUCUAUCUAUCACGGUCUAUUCCUAUCUAUCUAUCUAUCACGGUCUAUUCCUAUCUAUCUAUCUAUCUAUCUAUCUAUCUAUCUAUCUAUCUAUCUAUCUAUCUAUCUAUCUAUCUAUCUAUCUAUCUAUCUAUCUAUCCUUCAAAGGUUUCCUAA